AUGGACGUCACUAAUGAGCCUCCCGAGAGCAUUCCAGGCGCCCGGAUCGACUAUGUUGACGACGACUUAACAGAACGACAGCGACUGAUCAAAAGUAUCCUCAAUGCCUGUUUAUCAGAUCCUGGUCUUGAUGGAAUGCGGUCCAAGAAUAGCCUGAAGUUGCUGAAGCAGGCGGUAUGUUGGUGUACGCUCAUGGUCAUGGACAUCAAGCAGCUCAGACACCUCAAUGAGCGUCUCCGUUCAAAUGACCAGGAAAGUUACUACCUCGACCUCAUCAAGUGUCUGGAAGCUGCCGGAGAACUUGUGUAUUGGUUUGGGAGAGACCCGACCGAGCCGUGGGACCAAGGCCGCGUUGUUCCUCGCAACGAAGCUGAGAAAAAUAAGGCCACCAUGCGUGACCAAGGUCUCUGUGUGACCACGCACAGCCCGGCUGACGAGGCCUGUCAUAUCGUGCCACUUUGGACACUCAAAUGGCUCCACACAAUGGGUAACAUUGCACUUUUCUGGCGGCCUCUGUUUGGAAUUCGUACAAUCUUCUAUAUCAAGGAUAGGUUUAUGUGUGAGUACAGAGACAGGAAGAACAAAGUUGCAGAGCACAAUAUUGUGGACAAGUGUUGUAACAUGAUUUGCCUCAGCGGGCAGAUGCGUCGGUGUUGGGAGAAGGGACUAAUUACCUUUGAGCCCGUGGGUUACUGCCGGCGAAGCAAGGGUGCUGGAGAGGUCUCUGAGCUUUUUUCGAUGCUCUCCUCAACCUGCAUCUCCGACUCAACUACAAAAACAGCGCAUACCGAUAACAAGUCAUCGAGUCAAGAGACCACUGUCAAGGCCAGGGCGCCUGGCGCGAAUGAGGACGAGGCGUCCGGACUUUUCAACGAGGGACGGCGACUACAGGAGGCUGACAUUGAUGCGGGAAAAGAGUACGGAAUUGUCCUUCGUGUUCGAUGGCUUCUCAAGACAACGACCUUAUCAAGAUUGAUGGACUCGGCACCUCCGCCAGAUACUGAUCCGCAAGACCUACAGGAAUCUUGGGAGGAGCUUUACGAAGAGUUGGAAGGCCUUCCAGUCCUUCCCAAGAACGGUGAGCUUAUUCGGAUCUGGGCCCAAGACCCCCGAGAGCUUCCCGACUGGAAAGCUCUGGAGCUGCGAUGGACGGCACUCCGAAUUCAUUGCCUGUCUGGGAGAGCCAACCCUGAGAAGUAUAACCCGGGUUAUAGUGACGCCGAUGAACAGUUCUGGAUAGACAUGGCGGAUUACUGUUACAUCAAGGACGACAAAGUUGCUUUCGAGGAGCUUCGGGCUAGGAUGGAUGCCUAUAUAUAUCCAGAUUGA